AAAUGUCCCCGGUGUUGUGUUUUCCUCUCUCUGUCUCUUUCCUCCUCCUCUCUUUCCCUCUCUGACUUUCCACUUGUUUCCUCCCUGUUUUCUCAAAAAUACUUUCAAGACGUAGCAGACUGCAGCAGAGCUGACACUGUGACUGCAGUUGGGUAAAGAGACUGCAGCAGAGCUGACACUGUGACUGCAGUUGGGUAAAGAGCCUGCAGCAGAGGUGACACUGUGACUGCAGUUGGGUAAAGAGACUGCAGCAGAGCUGACACUGUGACUGCAGUUGGGUAAAGUAAAAGAGAGGAUAUCUACACUAUUAUGGCUGAUGUUCCUGUUCCUCCUUCCUCACUGAGAACAGAGGGGAUCCUCCUGAGAGAGAUCCACGUCAACCUGCUGGAGUGUAAAGUCUGCUUCGAGAAGUAUAACCCACGGCAGAAGGAACGCCGGCCUCAGAACCUGUCCUGCGGCCAUGUACUCUGUCUGGAAUGUGUCCGGGCGCUCUCCCACCCUGUCCUCAAGAAGCUUGAGUGCCCUUUCUGCCGGCAGCUGUGGGACGUUGACAGCACCUCCCACUGCCAGGCACUGACAGACCUCCAGGAUCUUCUGCUCUCCCACUCCCCCAGGUCCCCUGUCCCUCAUCAGGUCAGAGGAGGCAGCGGCUGGGUCGGCGGUCUGGGCUCUGGAGCUCUGCGGCUUCGCUCGGCCUUCGGGGGCUGGGGGUCCCUGAUCAACCCAACGGGGGUGGCCGUGUUCGGGUCCUCUGGGACCAUGGUGGUGGUACACGAUGGAGACAGAAGAGUGGUGGUAUUCGGGCCUCAGGGCAGGUGGCUGCACGGGUUCGGCCGGAGGGGUCGCGGCCACGGAGAGGUGUGUCACCCGGUGGAUGUGGCGGUGACUCCCAGCGGGUAUGUGGUCGUGACGGAUGCCGGGGACGGUGCAGUGAAAGUGUUCACCUCCAGGGGGAGUUAUGUUCUGGAGGUGCGGGACUCCUUCCAGAUGCCCUGGGGGGUGGACGUGGACAGCUGUGGGCAUAUCCUGGUCACUGACGUCCAGGCCGGCACGCUCUCCCAGGUUGUGGUGGACUUUGCCCGUGGCGUGACUCUGAUGAACCGAGCGGUCAUAACCGACCUCCAGCGGCCUAAGGCAGUGGCCUGCUGUCGGGUGACCGGGAACAUCGCCCUGGUGGAGACACUGGGGCUCACCACCACACAACCUCCAAAUGGCCCCCGGCCUACCAGACUGACAAUAUUCAACAAAGACUUUAAUGUCCUCUCUCAGAUAGACAGCUUCACUCUGAGCCUGGGGGCCUCGGUGUGGCCCUGUGUGUCUGCCGUGGCCUUUGACAGGGACGGGGAUGUGAUCGUGAUAGACUCCCAGCGGGGGUUGAUUUGGAGUUUGGGAAAGUUCCAGAACAGCCUGGUCCUAACCCCCCUGGUCAGUGAAGACUUGGUUCGCCCGGUGGGGCUGGUCGCCACAGCACAGAACACACUGAUUGUUUUAGACAGUGGAGACCAUGCAGUGAAGAUGUAUUCAGUUCACUCAGAUGCUAUUCUAGUCCGAAAAUGAUGUAGGCUGACUUGUAUUGUGAAAAAAAAUACAUAAACAAAAUGCAUAAUGACUGGGUGAUUCCCCUGUUUUGAUGUAAAACAAUAAAAUGCUAA